AUGGCAGCAAGUGACAUUGUGGCUGGGGUGAACUUCCUCUGUGUGUGUGUCACCGUCUUCAUUUACGCAAAAGCUGGGAUUCCUCCCCCCAAGGCUUUGUACCGUUUCCUCCCCACUUCUAUCCUCCUGUCAUCGCUGUUAUCCGCCUACAGUCUGCUGGCACUAACGGCCGAGCGCUACUGGUUCAUCGUCCACGGCAUGACUUAUGAGAACAACAUCACCAACGACAGAUGUAAGGUUGUCAUCAUCGUGGUCUGGAUGUGGAGCAGCAUCUUGGCGCUGCUGCCGGUGUUUGGAUGGAGCUGUACGUUUCCGUCACAGGUAGGGUGUUCCCAGUAUGGCGGAGGCACUCCACAAAGUUACCUGGUUCUGAUCCUGAUUCUCGUCUUCAUCCCGAUGGCGGCGAUCGUGUUCUUCAACCUUGGCGUGUUCCGGUGCCUGUGGCGGCAGGUUAGCGACAUCAGGCGGCAGGAAGCCGCGGUGCAGGCCCAGCCGAGUACCAGCAGAAAAUCAGCCGUCACCAUUCUCAUCAUCACCAUCGUGUUUCUGGUGAGUUGGCUCCCUUACAGCGCGGUGGUGGCUAACGAAGUGUUCUGUAAAGAAGAUUGUAACGACAUGGAUCAAUCUAUGAUAGGACUUGUCAUCCUGAACUCCGCGGUCAAUCCGAUCAUAUACGGCUUCCGUCUGAAGGAAAUUCGCCGCAAUGUGAAGCGCCUCUUCGUCGGCAACGCCGUGAAUGCACGGAGUCCUUAG